AGGCAACCCAAAUUCUAUUUGCGGAACCAGUGCAUGGCUCUUAGGACUUGGUCCAGGCAACAUGAGCUUCUUACUCAGUCUGCUUCUGAAGUGAUUCUUGAUGUGCUGGUCUGUCCUUCCUGGUAGCCGUACACGUGUCCUCAUCAAAUGAAUCAAAUCAAUGAUCCCGCUCCUCACGACUUUUGGAGAAGAAGGAACGAGAAGGACUCCGGUUGGAUUCUCGAGGAUCGGAGGAGGAGACGAUUGGGAAACCCUAGGAUUGUGUUCUAAGCUCGAUCUAUCAUUGCAUUUCUGCUCAAUUUCAACUUGAGAGAGUUGGGAUUCAAGAUUUAUGAUCUGGUACUAAUGUGUGAACAACAGCAAGAAUCUACAAAGCCAUUGAUCCCUUUACUCAUCAAAGGGUACCUAAAGUUGUUAUAGAUGAGCAUCGAGGGGUCACAUGAGAAGUGUUCAUCAAAACUUGCAAAUGAUGUAACUCCUGUUAAAAAAAAGGACAAUGUCUUACAGCAUUCAAAAACGUACAACCGAACCAUCUCCAAAUUCUCUACCAUGAAAGAGGGUAAUAUUGCUAAUUCAAAGAAGCGGAAAUUGAACACUGGCAUUAAAACAUGCUCUCAAAUUAAGCCGCCACAUUCUUCUAACCAAUCUGCUGCGGAUGGGCCUGUGAAAUGUGCUUUUUGCCAUUCCUUUAAAAUCACAGAUUUGACCGGGCUUAUGCAACAUUAUGUUGGUGAACGGCUGGUAGAGAACCACCAACCAUCUCAAGCAAAUUCCAUUCAUGCUCAUCAGAAAUGUGUUGAUUGGGCGCCACAGGUAUUCUAUGAGGGGGAUAAAGUCAUUAAUUUGGAAGCUGAAGUAUUGCGCGCCUCAAAGCUUAAAUGUGGCAAAUGUGGGAAGAAGGGUGCUGCUCUAGGUUGUUUUUUAGAGAAAUGCAAGAAGAGCUAUCAUGUACCAUGUGCAGUGCAGCUGCGAGGUUGUCGAUGGGAUUGUGAAAAUUAUCUUGUGCUUUGUCCUUCUCAUACUUCUCUCAAAUUGCCUUGUGAUGAUCCCGGAAGUACUAGAAUGAAGAUUCAUACUGACCAACCUUCACCUGGUCAAAUGGACUCAACCACUCAGAACAGCAAAUGGAUUCUCUGUGGAUCUGCUCUCUCUGAAGAGGAGAAGGAACUCGUAGACAAAUUCGCAAAUUUUAUCGGUGCAGCUGUAAGGAAGACAUGGGAUCAAAUUGUAACCCACGUUAUAGCCUCAACUGAUGAAAAAGGUGCAUGCAGCAGGACUCUCAAGGUUCUCAUGGCUAUUUUGACCGGCAAAUGGGUUCUAAAUAUAAACUGGGUGAAAGCAAGCAUGGAAGCUAGAAAACUCGUAUCAGAAGAACCUUACGAGAUUAACCUCGACAUUUAUGGCAGCUCAGAUGGACCAAAAACAGGAAGAAUUAGACUGAUGAAAAAGUUUCCAAAGCUUUUUACCGGCCUGAGCUUCUACUUCAGUGGUUACUUUUCACCGUCUCGCCAGCGUGACCUAGAAACUCUCAUAUCUGUUGCUGGUGGAGUAAUCCUAGACAAGAAUGAUGCCCUUGCUUCAGAUAACUCUAGUUCUCAGCUAAUCUACAUUGUAUAUAAUGCUGACCCUCCGCCGGGUAACUUUUCGUGGGAUCCUGUCGAAGAUGUAAGAAAGAGAUGUGAAGAUGCCGAAGCUCUGGCCGGAAGGAUUCAUGCACAAGUUAUAACUCAUACUAGGCUUCUGGAUGCCAUUGCUUCUUCAAAGUUCUGAUCUUGCAUCCACUGUGAAUUUUGUUGUUCUUUGUAUCCUUGGCUUUGAUUGAACAUGAUAAUUCUGAAACUAAAAUUUUACUUAAAACUUUGAUUCGAUCUUA